AUGGACUUCACUUACGCUGAAGAGACUACCUGGUCUGUCAACGCGGCUGUGCCGCAGGCACCUGCUCCCUACAACCCCACUGAAAUGUUCAUAGACCCAGCCCUGUUUUCAGAGGGCGAUGUGUCUUGGGCUGAUCCCUCGUUCUUGCCAGUAGAUGCGCUGCCCUUGGGGGAUACGCCCGCUACCGGACAAAUUGACCAAUCUCCAGUGGAGAUGUCUGCAUACCCAGAAGAACCCCUGAUGCAGUUUGAUGCACCAUUGCCUCCCACAUCUUGGGGUGCCCAACCGUUUCCAGGACAGCACUGUUACAACUGUGGUGGUUUUCAACACCACCCCCAGCAGAUGCAGCCUAUGCCGUGGUACAACCCAGCCUAUCCUGCCGGACAGAUGAUGUUGCCGAUGUCAUACCCGACUUACCCAGCGCAGUGGCCACCAGUCCAGGAGCCUACGCCUCCAGUCAAGGUAGAGUCGGACAUGGAGGAUGCAGAGACGCCGAGCUUCGAGCGCAGGAGAACGAUGCACAGCCGCAGACUGCGAGCCAGAGGGGGACAUGCAGAGGGCAGCCUCCGAGAGCUAGAUUCGGAGCCGUCCCAGAAGGAGGUCGCAAAGAAAAUAUCUUCAGAGGAGAGGCUGGCAAAGAAGCUAGUGAAGCAAGCGCUGAAAGAGCGACGCAUCGCCCAGGGCGAUCUGCCAGAGUCUUUGGAGACCCCCUUGAGCGAGCUACUAAGAGAUGUAGAUGCGCAGGACAUCGACAUCGAGGCGUUCGCUAACCGCAGUAUCCAAACCCGCCUACGGGAGAACCAGAACAGUGGCGGGCGUAUCAAGCGGCCUGUCAACGCCUUCCUCCUCUACCGGAAAGCCAUCCAGAACCGAGUCAAAGCGUACCUCAAGGGCCAGAACGGCCAGAACCAUCAGCUUAUUUCUUCGUAUGCGGGACUUGGCUGGAAGAGCGAGACGCCGGAGGUGCGCGAGUGGUACCGUCGUCUGGCCGCGAUUGAGAAAAAGAACCAUGGCAAGGCCUUUCCCACGUACAAGUUCCAUCCUGGCGUCAAUAAGUCUAAGAAGGCGGCCGCGCGAAAAGCCCGGGAGACUGCGGCGGAAGACUCGGAGAGCGAGUUGUCUGAGUUGUCUGACAGCGAAUUCUGA